UAUUGCUGGUUGACUUCCUCUGUGCGUUGCCACGGCGAUGCUGAGGGACAUUCAUCUGGAUCAUCUUGUUGCCGCGGCGCCGGAGGAAGUCAGUUGAUCACUUUGUUGACUUGUGACCUGCACCUUGUCCGGUGACCUUUAACCACUCCCCUCCGCAGGCGGGUCGUGUCAGAGGUCAGUGUUGGUGAUUGGCCGUGGCGACAGGUGACAUCACAGGAAGUUGGGGGAAGUUUCAUCGAACCCCAAAUGGGCGAAAUCGGCGUCUCUGUUUUCAGGAGCGAGUCGGAGUGAGAGACGUCCGGACGCUCCUCAGAGACUCUACCACGACACCUCCUGCACCUCCAACUGCUCCUCACCCAGCGCGAGAUGAACGAGGAGGCGGAGGAGGCGCAGCUGCCCGAGCAGCAGGAAGUGCCAUGUGAAGGGGAGGUGCAACAGGAGCAAUACAAGGUGCAGGAGGAGGUGCAGCAGGAGGAGGAGAUGCAGCAAAAGCAGGACAAGAUGCAACAGAGUGAAGUGGUAAAGGAGGACAAGGAGAAUGUGGAUAUGCAGCAGAGUGAAAAGGAGCAGAGGGAGGAGGAGCAGAAGGUUGAGGAGCUGCAGCAAACUGAAGAGGAGGAGGAGGCGCAGACUGAGGAGAUGCUCCAGACUGAACAGCAGCACACAGAACAGGUGCAGGAGUUAGAGGUGCAGCAGCAGCAGACAGAGGAGGUUCAGCAGCAGAUCGAGGAGGUGCAGGACUUUGUGGAUGCUGUGGAGCAGAACCUUAACAACCAGGUUCUGAUUCGACUGAGAGGAAUGCAGAAAUACAAAAGUACCUCACAGAGGCUAAAGGGGGUCCUGGAGCAGAUGGACCGCGGCGUCGUGGACCUGCAGGAGCUGCGCAGGAACCUGGAGCUCGCUGCGGCCAUGUUGGACGCUGUCUACACCGAUGAGACCAAGCGUCUGUUGGACACCGAGGACGAGCUCAGCGACCUGCAGGCGGAGUCAGUGCCCAGCGAGGUACGUGACUGGCUGGCUUGCACCUUCACCAGGAAGAUGGGCGUGGCCAAGCGUCGACCUGAGGAGAAGCCGAGGUUCAGGAGCAUCGUCCACGCGGUGCAGGCCGGGAUCUUUGUAGAGAGGAUGUACAGACGGACGUCCAACAUGGCCGGUCUCACCUACCCGCCCACGGCUUUGACAGCUCUGAAGGAAGUGGACCAGUGGUCGUUUGAUGUGUUUUCCUUCCACGAGGCCACAGGAGACCACGCCCUCAAGUUCAUCGUGUACGACCUGCUGACCCGCUACGACCUCAUCAACAGGUUCAGGAUCCCUGUGCAGGCUCUGGUGCAGUUUGUGGAAGCUCUGGAGAACGGCUACAGCAAACACAAGAACCCCUACCACAACCUGAUCCACGCCGCUGAUGUCACUCAGACCGCUCACUUCCUGAUGCUGCACACUGGACUGAUGCACUGGCUCAGUGAGCUGGAGAUCCUCGCGAUGGUUUUCGCUGCAGCGAUUCACGACUUCGAACACACAGGAACAACCAACAACUUCCACAUCCACACCAGGUCGGAGGUGGCGAUUUUUUACAACGACAGGUCGGUGCUGGAGAACCAUCACAUCAGCGCCGCCUACAGGCUGAUGGCAGAAGAGGACAUGAACAUCCUGAUCAACCUGAACAAGGACGACUGGAGGGAGCUGAGGUCUCUGGUCAUAGAGAUGGUGAUGUCCACAGACAUGUCCUGUCACUUCCAGCAGAUCAAGACCAUGAGGAACACCCUGAGCCAGACUGACAGCAUCGACAAAGUGAAGGCUUUGUCUCUGAUGCUUCACGCUGCUGACAUCAGUCAUCCGGCCAAAGCCUGGCCGCUGCACCACCGCUGGACCCACAGUCUGAUGGAGGAGUUCUUUCUACAGGGAGAUAAGGAGGUGGAUCUGGGCCUGCCCUUCUCUCCUCUCUGUGACCGUAAAGCUACCAUGAUCGCCCAAUCGCAGAUCGGUUUCAUCGAUUUCAUCGUGGAGCCGACCUUCACUGUUCUGAUCGACACCACCGAGAAGGUGAUUGGACCUUUGAUAGAAGAGGAUAGGAAGGCCAGAGAGAGUGGGAACAGGAGGUCCAGUCUAACAGGAAGUGGUUCUGUUACCGUGGAGUCGGUGCAGAGACACAGCAGCAGUCGCCAUGGAAACAAGGAUGAUGGACAGACAGACUUUUCUCUGACGGCGAUCGACCUUCAGGUUCUGAGGCUCCACCUCUCAGAGGUCAUCUCCAGCAACAAGGACCGCUGGAAAGAGCUGUCUGUGGACGAACUGGCCAAUAGGGAGAAGGAGAAACAAGAGGAGGCGGAGUCUAACAUCGGCUCAGCUGUCCAGUCUGAAGCAUCACCCAACCACAGCCCUCCUGACGAACUAACUGCUGACCAAUCACAGGACUCGCCAGAUGAAACACGUGACGACCAAUCAGCCGACCAGAUGCCUGCAGAUCACCUGACCUGGAACGGGGCAGGCGAGGAGAAGGAGGGCGUCGCCGACCAGGUGCCUGAAAACGUCUGAUGACGCUUUGCGGCAAACUCGCCACGAUAUCUGGCUGUUGCAGAUCACCUGGCACUAUGCAGUGAUGACAGGAGAUCGGACUCGAGUGUAAACGAGCGGAGUCAGUGGCCCUCGAACGAGGACCCGACCCCGGCCCCCGGACCUUAUGUUUACAACCGACCAUGAAACAUCCCACUCACAGAUUCAUCAGAUAACAUGUGGUAACGUGUUGUGGUUUUAUUAGAGACUCAGAGGAGCGAUGUCUGUGAAAUAAAGUGGAAAUAUCAAAGCGUAAUGAAAUGAAAAUAAAGGUGAAAA